UUUUUUUCAAUAAAAAAAAAAGAAACAUAAAUCGGAAUACCCUCUAGCAUUUUUAAAACGCCCAUAUUGCUACGAAUAUCAAGAUGGAGAUCCAUUGAAAAAACAGAGACCACAGAAACGCCUCCAACGAUAUGAUGUUGCCGAUUUUACAGAAGUUUAGGAUAAACCCCCCAUGAUAUAAACCAUGUUGGACAUAGCAGUGCUGGCCGGAAUUGGUGUGAGUUUUGCCUCGGUGUUGCUUGUCUUUGGAUGCGUUUGCCAACUCUUCAAGAAGUCUCCUCCGGGAUUCUCGAAUGAACACGACCCGACGUUUGAGAAUGAUGUGGAGGCAGGGCAUGGUCAGGGAUUUUCUAUAUUUUCCGCCCAAAACGGUGCCGCUGAAGACACCACGGAUGUCAACCAGGUCACAUUCGAGCCUUUGCCAGAUAUUCUUGCCAAAACUGUAACAGCAACCGCACUUCGACCUCGGAUUUCUAGCAUUGAGAAAGAACAACAAAGGAUAACCGCCAAACACAUCACUGUAUAUAGACCGUUUCCUCGAGGUAACCUGCUUUAUGUGAAAGAAAUUGGUCUAGGGUGGUUCGGACAGGUAUUGGUGGGUGAUGCUGAGAAAAUCAGCGUUAGUUCCAAGAAGACAAGGGUGGUGGUAAAACUACUGAAGGACGAUGCCACAAGUUCAGAGCAGCAACUGUUUCUUGAGGAAGUGGUAGCUUACAGGGAGAUUGAGCAUCCAAAUGUUCUUUCAAUCCUGGGACAGUGUACAGAAUCUCCUCCACUCCUAGUCAUCUUGGAGCAAGCUCCAUUUGGGGAUGUGAAGUCAUACCUCCAGAGAUGUGUUCCGGAGAAGGAGUCCUUCAGGAAGCGUGGUACUCCGCUGAAGUUUGUAGUAGACAUGGCCGCGGGCCUGGCCUCACUACACAGGCAUGGCUACCUCCACCAUGAUUUUGCCUGUCGUAACUGUUUGGUCAUGUCUGACUUGUCAGUGAAGGUUGGGGACUAUGGAGUGGCAGAGGACCAGUACAGGGAGGAUUACUAUGACACGGGACAGAAUUUACUCCCUAUCCGUUGGAUGGCCCCAGAGACUUUACAAUUACAGAACCAUAUCUGGCAGGUCACUCAGUUCUCAAAGGAGUCCAAUAUCUGGUCAUUUGGAGUUGCAUUAUGGGAAGUUUUAGAAUUUGGGAAGCAGCCCUAUGAUGUGAUUUCUGAUGAGGAGGUUCUACAGAAGGUUGUCAAACUGAGGGCUGUAGGUCUGAAUACAACUGCAGCAGAGGACCAUAAAGCCGUAUCUGACCUCAUUCGUGUAUGUUGUGUAAAUGCUGAGCUGCGCCCCAGUUUAGAGGACAUUCAUGCACGUCUGCUCGAGAUUCAGGGGAGCAGACUAGAUCAGCAAGCAGCACAGGAGAGUGAGUUUGAUUCAAAAUGGGAACAGGCCCCUGUAAAAGAGGAGCCAAAGGUUGUCAAGGUUCAAGAAAACAUUCCAAUAGAACCAUCAGAGCCAGAAGUAGUUCAUAAGAUGGUGGGAUCCCCUUCUAAGUCAUCACCUGUUAUUGUCAUUGCAGACGUUCAUGUUCAGCCAAAAGAUCAUGUGGAGAAACCCCGUCUCCAUUCACCUCGUUCUGAGUUCUCUAAUGAACAAGUGAAAAGUGAAAUUAAAUCACAACCAGUGACAGCUCCUAAUUCAAAUGUACCUUUAAACACUGAAAAGGUUGUUGAGAGUGUGACAUUAAAUGGACAUUUGGCAGAAGAUGUGUCAAAUAAUCUUGACGCUAGUCCCAUUAGUGAAACUUCAAAAAGAGAAUUGACUGAAGAAAAAGGGAAACCUCCAGGUGAACAAUCUUCUCCUAAUAGUAGUGUAAAUUUAGAAGAUUCUUUCGACAUCUUAGGAGGAAAUUAUGAUAAUCAGUUAGAGGAUAUGAAAAACAUCCAGUCCCCUAUGCCAAUGCUUAACUCCCCUCUGAAGAUUAGCAGUUCAGAUCAUUUGACAAGUACUCCUGUGGCCAGGGACACUAAAACAAAUGAUAAUGUUUCUUCAAGUGAGCCUGAAAUGCAGACAGACGAGAAUAAAGUAAGUGAGGUCCAAGUACGAAAUAAAGAGAUGGAAGGUGGUGAAAGCCCAACAGGAAGGGGAAAUAAAUCGGGAAAGGCAAUGACACCAAGAGCCUUAUCAGAUGACAUGGAUGAUGAAAAAAAUCUCAUGCGGUAUUCUGAAAGUGACCUAGAUAGAGCACUUGCCCUUAUGAUGGAAGACGAUGAUAUAGGAAAUGUGUCCGAGGCAAGGAAGGAUUCUAUGGGCAGUGACAAUGAGAAUGAGGAUGAGGAAGAAAAAUUAAAACUGUUACGAAUGAGCAUUGCUAGUGCUUUUGGGCAAAAGAAAAAUGAAUCUCAGGUUGAAGAGGAUGAGCAAGAUAGUGAUGGAGAGUCUGAGAAUCCAUACAUGGACGAUCUAGACAUUGCGAAAGAGAUUUACAGAUCAAAAGGAACAACCAUUCCUCCUACUAAUCAUGUAUUCUCCAGAACUCUUAAUACUAUUCCUGAGGAUGACAUUCCUACAGAGGUCAAUAUUGUGGAAACUGCCAGUAAUUCAAACACAGAUUCCACUAAGUCUAGUCCCACGAAGAAAGCUUUAAAGUUUGAGGAUCCUUUUGAUGAGAAUAUUUUUUCGAGUUCCACUGGGGACACUUUCGAGUGGGAUGACUACAUAGGAGACGAAUUGGUCGGGAAAGUGAACGAUGAAGAAUUCCAAGACUCUCCAAGACAGUCCAUGGAUUUUCCAGACUGGACUCUUGACAUGGAUGCUUCAUCUAAUUCAGGAACGGAAUCGUUGAAUCAUUCCAAAGCAGGAAGUGAGGCUUCCGACAGCCGGCCUGGAAGUAGGACUAGUAAUCGUUUGUCAACCUCUGAAUCGGAGGACUCUGAUGGGGACCAAGAUGCUGAUCUCAGUACUAGUACUCUACAAAACACUGUCACAGAGGGAGAAAGUACUCUGGUAGAAGACGACCCAGACUCCAAACAAUCUGUGUCGGACACGCUUGAUUGCACAGCUGGUACUGGAAAAAGUCUUGAGAAAGACGCAGCUGUGGCAGCAGAUAAAGAGGAAGAGGGUUCAUUGCCAUGAAAAACAGCUUUCAAUUCUUUUAAAAAUUUGAUAAUUUAUGAAUUUAAGCUAAUGCUUUUCUAUAGGAGACAAAUAUUAGAGGGAUGUUUAUGAAAGAGACAAAGUUGAAUUUUUCUCUGUUUAAUACUUUGACUCUUCCAAUGAACAUACAUGUAAAUGUUUCUUGAAAAUGUGUAAAAAAAAAAAGUGUAUGCAUUUAUAAUAACUAAAAAUUAGUUACAGAAAUCCUGCAUGCUUGAGUUGAUAAUCUUUAAUUCAGACCAGUAUUUUGAUAUGUAAUGAAUAAGUGUGUACUUAACAACAACAAAAAAAUGUAGUAUGCAUGGAUACAUAUGACAUAUUAUUUAUAACAUAUCCAUAAAAUGUGUACGUUUAUUUAACGAUACACACGAUGAAUCUUCAUUAUUAUAACAUAUGUUGAAGAAUUCUGAAGCUCUGUUGUCAAAAAAGUUUUCAGUCAGUCUGUAAACUCAACCCAAAAAGUCUUGCAAAAUUUGAUUUGAUGGUGUUUGUGUAUUUUAAGAUUGAACCAUUUGUUAUAAUGCUAGUUUUGAUAUUUUACGAAUACACCUGUAUUUUCAUUUUACGUGCAUUCUUACUUUCCUCAACAAAUUUAAGCAAACUUAGUAGAGUGAAAGGAAAUAACUGUUGCUAGCUUUAUAUUAUGUAAUAUUAACAGUUUAAUUAAAUUAAUGUAUGUGUAUAAUGUACAUUAUGUUCUUACAGAAAUUUAUGGUUGCACAGAUUAUCAAGUAUUUUCAGACGAGAUAAAAACUGGGUUUUAUAAGAGCUUAAGGAAGGAAAUGUGCUGAUUCUGUAAAAUAGAUGCGGAAUACUUUAGCAUGGAUGUAAUAUUGUUGCUUUGUUGCAUGUAAAUUGGCAUAUAUACAUGUACAUUUAUUUAUUUGAUUAUACUUCAGUGCAAUAACCCACUCUAUAUUCAGUUUCCUAUCUAAUCUAGUCUACCCGGUUAAAAUAAACCAACAUAGGAAAGGGAAGUGAUAUUAACUCUAAACUACUGUAUUAAUAUUUCCUAUAAAGAUAAUUAAGACUCAAAUAUGAUAUCUGUAGUAUUACCGGUAUAAAGGAAUAUUUUUUAUGACCAUUGUAUUAUGUUGAGCGAUUAUAAAGAAAUUAUGAACUCUUAAUCCAAUUCAUAUUCCAACAUAUCAGUAUUUUUGAUUUGUCACAGAGAAUAAUUAUUUAACAGAGUUUUCCAUUUUUUAUAAUACAUUAAUGCAUGAUAUUGAUCGUGUGCUUCUACAAACAGUUCUGGAGGAACAAUUUUAUACAGAUUUAUCAUGCUUUGUGCUUUUGAAUAAAUGAAUAUUUUUAUGUACUAAU